CCCCUAGGGUUUCUUGAGGGGAGGCUUAAAAUGUCUGUUGCUGAUGUUGCUUUGAGUCCGAUUCGCAAAGAUAGGUCGACCGGUUAUAUUCAUAGCCGGGCGGGUCUUUGCUCAAGCGAUUCGAUUAUAAUUUACCUCACUGUCGCCGGUUCUGUGAUUCCCAUGCGUGUAUUGGAGUCCGAUUCGAUUGCGUCAGUGAAACUUAGGAUCCAAACAUGCAAAGGGUUUGUAGUGAAGAGACAGAAGCUAGUUUUUGGAGGCAGAGAGCUGGCAAGGAACAAUUCUCUUGUUAAAGACUAUGGUGUCAAUAAUGGGAAUGUUCUGCAUUUGGUUCUUAGGCUUUCCGAUCUUCUUGUCAUCGUUGUGAGGACCACAUGUGGGAAGGAAUUCGAGUUCUACGUCGGUAGACAUCAAGAUGUUGGGUAUCUCAAGCGCAGAAUUGCCAAGAAAGGCAAAGGUUUUGUUGAUCUUGAGGAUCAAGAACUUUUUUCUAAUGGUGAGAAGCUCGCGGAAGAGAGACUCAUCGAUGAUAUUUGUAAGGAUACCAAUGCUGUAAUUCACCUUGUAGUCCAGAAAUCUGCAAAAGUCCGUGCCAAGCCUGUUGAGAGAGAUGUUGAACUCUCUGUGGUUGCAGCGAAUUGGAAUGAAAAGGCAGAUGAAGGAGCACAUGAAAGAGCGAAUAGAUCAGGAAAGCGUCAAGUUGCCUCUAGGAAGCCACCAGAUAGAGAUUUCUUGCUGGAACCGAUUAUUGCUAAUCCGAAGGUGGAAUUGCCUUCAACAGUAUGGGAUCUAAUUAGAUCCUCACUUGAUGGCUUAGACCAUGGCAAACCACCUAUCAGAUCAUCUGAGGGUACUGGAGGAACUUAUUUCAUGCAAGAUGCAUCAGGCAACAAAUAUGUUGCUGUCUUUAAGCCUAUUGAUGAGGAACCGAUGGCUGCGAAUAACCCUCAAGGGCUCCCUGUAACUUCCAAUGGUGAAGGGCUAAAGAGGGGAACCAGAGUGGGAGAAGGAGCAUUGAGGGAGGUUGCAUCAUAUAUUCUGGAUCAUCCAAAGAGUGGGCCUCGCUCAUUAUCAAGUGUGGAGAUUGGUUUUGCAGGUGUACCCCCAACAUUUAUGGUUCAGUGCUUGCAUAAAGGAUUUCACCAUCCAGAAGGGUAUGAGUGUGCACCCCAGAACAUUAAGAUUGGGUCCUUGCAAAUGUUCAUGAAGAAUUGUGGAAGUUGUGAGGACAUGGGUCCACGGGAUUUUCCUGUGGAGGAGGUCCACAAGAUCAGUGUCUUUGAUAUAAGAACGGCGAAUGCAGAUAGGCAUGCUGGCAAUAUUCUGGUGAGCAGAGAAGGGGAAGAGGGCCGGAUUGUUCUUAUUCCUAUUGAUCAUGGCUACUGCCUGCCUGAGAAUUUCGAGGAUUGCACAUUCGAUUGGCUUUACUGGCCACAGGCCCAGCAGCCUUACUCCGCAGAGACCAUUGAGUACAUAAAGUUGCUGGAUUCUGAACAAGACAUUGUUCUUUUGAAGUUUUAUGGAUGGGACCUUUCCCCCGAGUGUGCCCGUACAUUCCGUAUCUCCACCAUGCUUUUGAAGAAAGGGACAGAGAGAGGACUCACUCCCUUUGCCAUUGGAAGCAUCAUGUGCAGGGAAACCCUGACUAAGGAAUCUGUUAUUGAGGAGAUUGUUCAUGAAGCCCAGGAUUCCAUGCUCCCUGGCAUGAGUGAAGCUGCAUUUCUGGAAACUGUCUCAAACAUCAUGGACUCCCGUCUUGACAAGCUCAUGAACUGAUGAUGUUCAUGGGGUUUACAGGCAUAUAUAUCUAUAGUUAUGUAUUUUAAUGAGUGAAUGACCAGUCUUUCCCUCUCUGAGCCCUCCUCGAAUAUUUUCUUCCACUUCUGUUACUCUUGACCAAUACUUUGAUUGUCUUGAGAUGCUGAACAGAAGUUAAAAUCACGAAUAAAAAACCUUGCGUGGCUGAAAUGUUUGUGAGCGCUGAACUCUGAUGUAUUAUAUUGAGGUCAAACAUAAUUUUUAAGUUGUAUAUUUUUUUCACCUCAAUAUCCCAUUGCAUCUGUCUCUGAUUUCAUGAACUAUGGAGCCUCGGAAUGCAA